AUGCCGCUAGUACCGCAGGACGUAAGAGGAGUGAGUACCCGUGCUAUGUCAGAAGCGCAGCGUGUGAGGGAAGAGGGUGCUGCAGCUCAAACCAGCGAUGCAGAAGCCAAGCCUGUGCAGGUGGAUCUUCUGCUACAGCUGCAGCAAAUGAUGGCAGAGCAAGCGCGCCGCCAAGAAGAGCAAGCGCGCCGCCAAGAAGAGCAAGCGCGCCGCCAAGAAGAGCAAGCGCGCUGUCAGGCAGAACAGCUGCGGGAGCUGAAAGAAGAGCAAGCGCGCCGCCAAGAAGAGCAAGCGCGCCGCCAAGAAGAGCAAGCACGCUGUCAGGCAGAACAGCUUCGGGAGCUGAAAGAAGAUCAAGCUCGUCGCCAAGAGGAUCAAGCUCGCCGCCAAGAGGAGCAAGCGCGUCGCUUGGAAGAGAUGCACAGGGAUUUCACGAAGGGACUGCAAAAGGCUGUCGAACGGGUACAAGAAGUGGAGGAAGGGUUAGGCAAGUUGGAACAUCGCGUCAUGGCGAUAGAGGAGAGAGUGGAAGAAGAGAUCUCCAAAAUCAAGCAGCAAGUGGCAAGCCCAAGCCCUUUGAAGAGCCGAAGCCGUCUUGCAGCCGUUUUUGACACCUCAAAUGUGGCCUCAAUGAUUGAAGGCACGCUUCUCCAAGCGUUCAUUGACGGUAUUCGGGACCCAGAAGUACGAGCUGCUGUUCAUCUGGGCCAUCACAAGAUCAUGAAAGAAGCUCUGGCCCAUGCAUUGGAAGUGGAAGCCGUGCGUGGCAACUCCCGUACCUUACGUCUGCGGGAAAUGACGACAACGGAGCAGGUACCUCCACGCCGUCGGAACUUCAUGUGCUAUGGAUGUGGAGAGCGUGGGCACAUACGGAGCGACUGCCCGAAGAAAAUGAUCCGCAAGGACGCGGCGGUCUCAACUUCUGACCAGCAGGGAAACUUAACUUAA